ACAUUAUGAUUUCGGGAAUCGCUUGGUUGCUUCCCCAUUGGAGGCAUCUGCAGUUUGCCAUAUCACUCCCCGGAUUUUUAUUCGUUGCUUUGUGGUGGAUUCUGCCAGAAUCGCCUCUGUGGCUUUUAGCAAUGGGGCGAACUCAUGCGGUGCUGGAAGUUUUACGUAGCGCAGCUAAGUACAACAAAAAAGAACUACCUGAUAAUUUAGACAAGCAGUUACUUACCGAACCAGAUUUACAAACAGAAAAGGCAAGCGUUUUUGAUCUAUUUAGAACUGGUAGAAUGAGAAGAACCACCUUUUUGCUAUGCAUUAUAUGGUUUUCUUUGUAUUUAUUAUAUUAUGGCAUUGUUCUUAACUUAGGCAACAUUGGUGGUGACUUAUAUGUUAAUACGGUAAUAUCUGGAAUAGUUGAAGCGCCUGCAAUUGCGAUCAGCGUUCCGAUUUUGUUGCGAAUGGGAAGACGUUGGCCGUUAUCUAUAACGAUGUUGAUAACGGGUGUCUCCUGUUUGUUAACGCUACCGGUACCAUACAUUUUUAACAAACAAUGGAUAGUUACGACAUUAGCUAUGGUUGGAAAAUUUUCGAUUAGUUCAACUAACGUUAUUGUACCAAUAUUCACUGCUGAGCUUUAUCCAACGACCAUCAGAAAUAUCGGAGUUGGGGCCAAUAAUGUCAGUGCCGGUAUUGCUCUGAUAUUAGUUCCGUUUUUAUGGGAUUUGAAAUAUUUACAUCCGACUGUUCCCAUGGCACUAUUAGGUGCCUGUGGCGUAAUUGGCGGACUGACAGUUCUGUUUUUACCGGAAACAAGUAAUCUUCCAUUAGACGCUACAAUUAAACAACAGCGUAGCGGAAGAAGAAUGUCUUGUACACGAAAAGUACCCAAAAGAGUAUCCGCAUAGUAGAUUAAUUAAACGCGAUUAGGUUUACCUGUGCUGUGAAUCACACAACUGAAGUACAACUUAGAAAAUUAUAGAUUUAUUGACAACAGUUUCGCACAACCGGAACUAAUGCAGUAUUUUAUAUUAGUUAUAAAAUUCCACAGUGGCAUCAUCCCUCAUGGGAUUUAUUGUUAUUAAACGUGCCAUCUUUAGUAAAAACGUAUUCCGUUUUUCAGUAAAUUUUUUCAAUUUUUGUCCAGUAUGGCACACUUUUUGUUUAGAAUUGCAGAAAAGCAAAAUUCGCUUGCGAUUGGCACCUUGCCUUACCAAACUAUUAUCAGGUGGAAUGUUUGGGGUAAGUACAUUAUGAAUCAACUUUGAGCCUUUCAUUGACCCACGUUAAUCCUGCAGUAAACAUCCUUGUCACACUUUUAUCUAAAGUAGGUGACAAAUUUCAUUCAAUGAAAUAAUCAAUUAAAUAAAAAAAUCGGGUAACCUCCCAUUGAAUGUUUGAAGCGAACGUAUAAUUAAAUAAACUCAAUCUAAUGACCAACAUAUGAUAUCAAUGCCAUACAACAUAAUUAUGCAUUUAUAUACGCCAAAUUUCAGUUUGUACGCAUAAAUAACUCUUAUCAAAAAAUUGACUGUUAUCCUGUUCCGGUUUACUCAGAAACACGACCUAAUUGUUUAUGUUGAUUUUCUAUACCACCUACGCGUAAAAAUAGGAAUAGAAAGCACAUUUCAGAUUAUUUCACUUGCUAGCAUUUCCAAAUUUUUAUGGAUUGUCAUUGUCAAUUUUCAGUAAGCCAACACGGAUUUGGCAUAAGUAAAUUACACAGGGUGUCAGAAAAUUGUUUACUGAUAUCGUCGAUGUGGAGAAUAAAUACGUAUAUUACAACCAUAUUGUCCCACUACACGUGGUCUGGCCGCUUAAAUUUGUCGGUGCAAAGGCCAUAAAUAGUGCGUGUAUCUACCUACCACAUACUAACUUAUUGGCUAAGGAAAUGUAGGGAUGCUGUGGCAGCACUGUGGAAGGACCAAAAAGUUACUGCAGUUCACUUUCAAGAAAGUUAUGUUAAACAUAUUCAAAGGUUAAACAUAAACAUAGACGUCGAUUAAGUUAAAAAGUGCCUUAUAUUUUACAAUAUGGCAAAUUGUACGCUCUGGCAGGGCGCCGUAGGAUUUUUGUCAUUUUGAUAAAAAUGAAAAAUGACAAUAAUAAAUUACAGAAACUAAUUACCAUGGUCUAGUAAAAUAUUGUAUACUUCCGAUUGUGCUUAAUUGAUUUUAAGGUAGGUACUUACGUUCUUAAAUAAAAUGAGAUACCCAUGUCGAGAUAGUAUAUGCCGGUUUUUCUUCUUGUACAUAAUUGUAUUCUUUAACUAGUCAAUUUAUCUUAGUUUUUGUAUUUGUCUGUAGAGUAGUUGCUUGUGUGUAUAUUUUUAUAUGUAAUUUCAUACCUUUAGAAUAAGCUCCAAUUAUGAUUCCAUUGUCAGUGAUAAAUCCGAAAAUAAAAUCUGUAUCAAAACGA